UGGAUAUCCCACUUUCCUGGCUUGAUCUUCCCCAUCACCCACUUUCUUCUCAAGCCAACUUCCACUUCGUAACCAAGUACUGUCUUCUCGUUGCAUUUGACCAUAUCAUAGUCAAGAUGUCGUCGCCCUCUACUCGCCGUACGCGAGGCUCGCAAGCCGGAACUCCACGUCGGAGUGCACGAAAUUCUCAAGUGCCCCAAAGCAGUCCCGCCAACGGGGGGGCGUCACAAAAUGGAUCGCAGAAUGGGAACAAUUUGGCUCCCAAUCCCCCAUCUCAAUUAGCAUCAAGCCCCCUAUUUUAUCAGUCAUCUCCGGCCCCUGGAAAUGAUAGGAGUUCACCUGCCAUACGCCACAACACCGACAGCCAGAGCACCAAUGCCAACACCGGUGCAGCGCCCAGUUCGCCGCUACGCCGCAUGGGAAGCGAUGGCGAUCGCACACCCAGAGCUAGUAGAUCACUUAUGGGUGAAUCAUCACCCAUUCGAUAUGAACCGAGUUCAAGCCCUGGACCUGGGCGUAAUUUGCACCCACAAUCCGACCUUCGAAGCGAGAGCAGUAACUUAUUUGUUGGCCCAACUGAUACCCCACGGGCCAACAGGGUUAAUCGAAGAGGUGACAUCAACUCCGAGAUUUUCAGUAGUGCUGGCCGAGGAGGCAGCCGUGUCAUCUUGGAUGAUGCUGGGCGCGUAGUCCGAGAGAUCCAUUCCGACGCGGCAACCUUUUCUAAUUUAGACCCGAAUACGACCGAUGCCAAUGUUCUCGGCGGCCAGGACAAUGCGACAAUAUGGGGUACUACCGUCUCCAUCGACGAUACAUACGCUGCAUUCAAGGAUUUCUUGCGGAAUUUCACCAAGAAGUACCGCAUGUGGGGUGAGGGAAUGACGACAGAGCAGACAGAUGCUGAUCCUGAGAGUACAACCAAACCGUACUGGGAAGAGUUAAAUAACAUGCUCAUCCUUGGUCAACGAAUUCUCUAUGUCAACAUCCAGGACUUCAAACUAUACCCGCCUACCAGGAAGAUGUGGCACCAAAUCCAGCACUACCCACAAGAAAUCGUGCCCCUCAUGGACCAGUCUGUCCAUGAUAUCAUGAUAGAGCUCGCGCAGGCUGAAAUGUCUAGGCAAAGGAGCCAGAGCCAUGCGACAGCAGCAACGCCCCGUAAUGGUGCACCAAGUUCGGACAUGCAGUUCCCGAGCUCAGAGCACGGCGAUGAGCCUCAACCUUCGCAACAACGACCUCCACAAGGGCCUACUCUAGAAGAAAAGGUCAUGGAUCAGACUUACAUGACCCGGCCUUAUGGCCUUGAUGAAGUCAUAAAUCUACGUGAUCUUAAUCCCUCCGACAUGGAUAAGCUCAUCUGUAUUAAAGGUCUUGUGAUCCGUACAACGCCAGUUAUCCCAGACAUGAAGCAGGCCUUUUUCCGAUGUAGCGUCUGCAGUCACUCUCUUCUAGUCGGCCUCGACCGAGGCAAGAUUCGAGAGCCUACCGAAUGUCCACGAUACCUAUGCGACUCUAAGAACUCUAUGCAAAUCAUCCAUAACAGAUGUGAGUUUGAAGACAAGCAAGUCAUCAAAUUGCAGGAAACACCCGAUGCCGUGCCUGCUGGACAGACACCGCACUCAGUGUCAGUCUGUGUUUAUAACGAGCUGGUGGAUUUCUGUAAGGCUGGUGACCGCGUCAAGAUUACGGGUAUCUACCGUGUGAGCCCAGUGAGGGUUAAUCCGCGGCAACGCUCAGUCAAGAGUGUUUUCAAGACGUUCGUCGAUGUUGUUCACGUCGCCAAAGUCGACAAUAAGCGAAUGGAUAUGGAUCCCUCCACUCUCGAUAUUGAAGUUGACGAUUCGGAAAACCAUAUCGAAGAGGUACGAAAGAUCAGUCCUGAGGAUGAAGAGAAGAUUAAGGCUACCGCUGCUCGUCCGGAUAUUUAUGAGCUUCUCGCUCGAUCACUGGCUCCAUCCGUUUACGAGAUGGACGACGUGAAGAAGGGCAUACUCCUCCAGAUGUUUGGAGGAACGAACAAGACUUUCGAGAAAGGAGGUAGUCCAAAAUAUCGAGGUGACAUAAAUGUCUUGCUAUGCGGUGAUCCGUCGACCUCAAAGUCUCAGUUGCUCAAAUAUAUCCACAAGAUUGCUCCUCGUGGUGUAUACACCAGCGGCAAAGGAUCUUCUGCUGUUGGUCUCACCGCGUACGUCAGUCGUGACCCCGAGACUCGGCAACUGGUACUCGAGUCUGGUGCAUUGGUCUUGUCCGACGGUGGUGUAUGCUGCAUCGACGAGUUCGAUAAAAUGUCCGAUUCUACCCGCUCUGUUCUUCACGAAGUGAUGGAACAGCAGACGGUUUCAGUAGCUAAAGCUGGUAUCAUCACGACGUUGAACGCCAGAACCAGCAUUUUGGCAUCAGCCAAUCCGAUUGGUUCUCGAUACAACCCGGACCUACCUGUUCCCCAGAAUAUUGAUCUACCACCUACACUAUUAUCACGAUUCGAUCUCGUUUACUUAAUUCUCGAUCGAGUCAACGAGUCGACAGAUCGCAAGCUGGCUCGCCAUUUACUUUCUAUGUAUCUUGAAGAUAAACCUCAAUCCGCCCCGACCAAUAACGAGAUAUUACCUGUGGAAUUUUUGACAUCCUAUAUCUCAUAUGCUCGUAAUCACGUCCAUCCAACCCUUUCUCAAGACGCCUCGCAUGCACUUGUUGAGGCAUACGUCAAGAUGCGCAAAUUAGGACAAGAUGUCCGUUCAGCUGAGAAGCGUAUUACCGCCACAACCCGUCAGCUUGAGUCGAUGAUUCGUCUCGCCGAAGCGCAUGCCAAAAUGAGACUGUCCACGACGGUCACCAAAGGCGAUGUUGAGGAAGCUGAGCGACUUAUCCAGUCGGCGCUGAAGACUGCGGCUACCGACUCUCAGGGCCGCAUUGAUAUGAGUCUUCUUACGGAAGGUACUAGUGCCGCAGAAAGGAAACGCAAGACCGAGAUCAAGGAAGCUGCCCUACGUCUUCUCGACGAGUUGACCAGUGGCGGACAGAGUGUGCGAUGGAGCGAAAUCAGCAGGAAGCUAAACGAAGGAUCGAGUGUUCCGGUUGAGCCAGCCGAUUUUGCCGAGACAAUGAGGGCCCUCGAGAUGGAGGGUUCUAUAAUGAUCACGGGUGAGGGUGCCAGAAAGAGCGUGAGACGUGUGACGAGCGUCGCGUAAUUAGGACGGGAAGUGGACGAGAAUCAGGUUUGGUUCCUGGACUAAUGUACGAGUUGUGGGGUUAACGUCAUCGGGCAGUUCGUCUAUGCUGGCUGGCAUCUUAGAUAUGGUUAAACGUUCAAGGAACUGGACAUGAGCUACAGAAGUGUGACGAAUUAAUGAUGGAGUGAAUUAAGAAAAUAUUGAACAUCUGAUGAAAACAUGUAAAUAUCUGCUUUCGGCUUGUGCUACUAUCUCGGCAGCCUCAAGGCUGAACUACGUCGUUUUCCUCGGCAAGUCAACUCCCGAAUGGCUACAUGUAACGAGCCCCCUAAAGAUAGCUUGUCCUACGUAACGUAACGAUGUCUAUUAAACUCGAGGACUAC